AUGGCAACGAACAACGCACCAACGGGAGCUCCGCCCAAGAAUGCCAUCGCCAAUCCAUCCCUAGGAGCAUAUAUCGCCGCCAUUUCCCCAGUUGCCUCCCAUAACCCGACGCCGUUUCUUUCUGCCACCAUCGGAACCAUAGCCAGCACGCUCGGUGCUGCUGUUCCUCCCGGUCCCGUCGCUCCUGGAGCGGGGACCGCGAUCGUCGCAGCCACAUCCCUACUGCGGGAUAAUCCUGUCGGCUUUAAUCCCGGGGAUCUGGAUCAGGUCUGCGGAGCCGACCGCGAUCCCCAGCAGCCUGCGCCAGCGCCGAAACCUGUCGUCCGGGCACCGUUGACCCAUUUCAAGGCGUACUUCCUCCCACCCUUGCCAGCGUCAGAGAGUUUCACGGCGGCGUGGCCCGACCCGCUUCCCUUGAUAACUAAGCUGGCUAAGGCCAAUACCGUUCAAGAUCUUCAGUUGGCAUACGACGAAUUAACGAAAGCGUGCAAGGAUAUCACGGUCAAUGCGCUGCCCGCCGUGGAUAAAUGGGUUGCAAAGGCGUUUCAGAGCCUUCAACUCCCUAAAGACACAGUCCAGGCGCGAAGCCUCGACUCCAAACCCUCGCGGGCGCCGCCGACCGUCGCGCUCUAUACGACGAAAGUGCUUCCCUUCCCGUCUGCGCCUGUAAGUGACACCACCACAUCGCACACGACCACGUCGCUCACGAGCCCGUCCUCCCCCUCUACCACGACGCACGCGCGUCAAAUGCCACCGCGGCUUUCACGAAACCUCAAAGAACCCAUAAGCGACUUACGUGCGAAGGUACGUUCACCAGACUUCGAUCUCCACCGACACUGA